UUUCCUCCCUCUUGCAAAGUUUCCCCAUCCAGACCAGACUUCCCAUUUUCAUCUUACCUUUCUUCCCCAAUUCUCCAAUUCGAUCCUCCUUUCCCUUUUGUUCGUUCAGAUCUGUUAUUACAUUCCGUUACCUGCAUCGACGUGGGCAGCCUUGAUUGCUUGGAUUUUGGUUAAAAGGGGCCCCGGGUUUGGUAGGGUUAACAAUCGGCGCUGUCGCGAUCAUGACAAUAGAGGCGGAGCAGAUUAAGAAAUCGGAUAGAGUCGGGCAUAUGGUUAGGGUUAUUAAGAAGAGGCCGAGAUGUCGGAGGAAGGUCGGAAUUCAACUGCAGCGGCCGCCUGCCCCGCUUGUUUCCACCACUCUUCAAAACCUGUUCGAUUCCUGCCGGCAAGUCUUUAGGGGCGCCGGAACUGUUCCGUCCGCCGCCGACGUGCAAAGCCUCUGCCAAAUUCUCGAUACUAUGAAGCCAGAGGAUGUCGGGCUCAGUCGUGAUCUGCAAUUCUUCAAACACAAUAGCGAGAUCGAGGGCACUCCAAGAGUCACCUCAGCAACCAUUUACAAGUGUGAAAACUUUGAGCUGUGCAUCUUCUUUCUUCCUGCAACUGGAGUCAUACCUCUGCACAAUCACCCAGAGAUGACAGUAUUCAGCAAGCUCUUGUUAGGGAGCAUGCACAUCAAGGCCUACGACUGGGCCGCACCUCCGGUUACAGAGUCUUCGUCCAAAUUGAGAUUAGCAAAGAUGAAAGCCAACAGAAUCUUCACAGCUCCUUGCAACACGUCCGUGUUGUAUCCAACCUCGGGAGGAAAUAUCCACGAGUUCAGAGCAAUAACCCCGUGCGCGGUGCUCGACGUAAUUGGACCUCCUUAUUCCAAAGAUGAUGGGCGCGACUGCUCGUAUUACAGAGAUACUCCAUUGAAUGUAGCCUUGGAUAGGGAAGUAGAUGUCGAUGAGGUCGAAGCCGACAACUUCGGAUGGCUGGAGGAAAUCAAGAAGCCUGAGGAAUCAGAGAUGGAUGGAAUUGCAUAUAUGGGACCUCAAAUUAUUGAUUCCACAGCUUAGCUAUACAUUCUUGUAUUUUGUUAAUGACUUAAUGUACUUAGCUUCAAAUCUGUUUUGUUUCUACAGAUUAAUUUCUUAUACAUGAUUUUCCUUUUGUAGGAAUGACAGUAGUAAAAUGUAUCAAUGCUAUCACAAUGAAAUCUUGCUGCUGAUCUUUUUGUUAUCAUCCAGCAAUUCUUGAGAA